CUCUACUUUAGGAAGCCAUCAUCUUCUUUCUCUCCACCAUCUGUUACCUUUUCGUUAUCAGGGCAACAACUAUAGUAGUAGCAGCAACACCUACUGCUACUUUGACAAGAUCUACAUCAACAAGAAGAACAUGGCCAAGGGACGACCACUCUCGCUGCAGACAGUGGAGCUUAAAGUGAGGAUGUGCUGCACAGGCUGCGAGAGAGUUGUCAAAAAUGCUCUCUUAAAGCUGAGAGGAAUUGAUUCAGUGGAGGUGGACUUGGAGAUGGAGAAGGUAACCGUUACAGGGUACAUCGACCGGAAUAAGGUGCUCAAGGAGGUGCGGCGGAGCGGCAAGAAGGCCGAGUUCUGGCCAAACCCAGACCUCCCGCUCUACUUCACGUCGGCUGCCAACUAUUUCCGGGACGAGGAGUCGUUCCGUGACACCUACAACUACUGGCGCCAUGGCUACAACGGGGACAACCACGGCCAUGUCCCAGUGCCUCGUCGUGGUGAUGACCGUGUCAGCAACUUGUUUAAUGACGACGACGUCAAUGCAUGCCAUGUCAUGUGAGGGGGGAUCCAAAGGACCAGCCUCCAUGCAUGGAUGACUAGCUACUUGGUGUGAUGAUGUGGGUGCAUUGCAUGGGGUUCUUAUAAUAAGGGGUGGGGUAAUCUAUGGGUACUU